AUGUUUUCGGUAAUUUAUCGAAUUGUUUCUGAGAGUUUCAAUUUGCAUAUGGCAAGUAGUACAUUAUUGCUGUUGCAAUGUGUGAUACAAAAGUAUCAAAAACAAAUGAAUGAUAACGGCAAAGAACCUGAAUGCCACAUUCUGCUGGAUUUGGCACAGGAUUGGCCAUUUUCACAGAUUUCGAAGUUUAGAGCUGGUCCUGUGAAGCUGGAAAUGCGACUGAAUGAGGGUGCGGACGGUGAAUGA